GUCAUCAAGUCAGCUGCGGAAAUGACCGUUCUCCCGCACCCGUGAGUCUAUUCCAACGAGAACGCAAGUGCGUCUUAGGUAUUGUGAAACGGCCAUAGCUGAGAUGUGUCCUCCAAAUCGGUGCAUCUCCCGACUGAGUUAUGAGUUGCCGACGGAAUUACAUUACGUUACAUAGCCGAGUCGCAGCUGAAGUGACGUGUGGGGACAACGAAAGGAGACACAUCUAAAAUGUCUGCCGAAGAGCCUCAAAUAUAAAGGCGGUGUGACAGAAUCCUAACGGAGUUAGCGGGAGCGCGGCUCAAAAUCCGCGAGGCGUGUUGGGAUUGGGCAGCAGAUAGCAGCACGUGCCUCCGGAAGAAGACACAUCGCGGAAGUAGAGUAGAUCAACGGCAGUAGAAUAUCCAGAGAGAGAAUGGAAAGCCCGGAGUUAUCUUUCACUCUGGCUUAUGUAGUGCUCUCUCUCUGCUUCGUGUUUACACCCAACGAGUUCCGCUCGGCCGGUUUAACCGUCCAGAAUCUGUUUUCGUCCUGGCUGGGGAGUGAGGAUGUGGGCUUUAUCCAGUACCACGUCAGGAGGACCAGCAUUACCCUACUGGUCCACUCCGCGCUGCCUUUAGGUUACUACAUGGGGAUGUGUAUUGCAGCGCCAGAGAAGAAUCUGGGAUACUUUCACAAGCAGGUGAGUGACAGCUGGAGAGCAUUUCUCCUCCUGUCUCUCUGCAUCCAGUUGACCAGCUGGACACUUGUCAUCUACUGGUCUCGGCAUCAUUGGCACAACCAUCCAAUCAGCCGGGCUCUGCAGGCCCACAUACAGCCUCCACACCCUGGCUGGGGCUCUGUGGCAACCAGCGUAAACACUGAGUUCAGACGCAUAGACAAGUUUGCGACGGGGGCGCCUGGAGCCAGAGUUAUCGUGACGGACAGCUGGGUGUUGAAGGUCACCACAUAUCACGUCUACAUGGCCUUACAGAGUGAAUGUCAUGUGACAGUGACGCAAUCCAGGCAGCACCAGCUGAGUCCAGACUUGACCUCCCCAGCACAGAUCUUGACCCUGAGAGUGGACCGCAUCAACCCUGCUGUCAAACCCUUUGAUAUCAGGCUCAUCUCUACAGAGUACGCUGAACUCAGGGAGAAGCUCCAUGCUCCAAUCAGAAACUCUCCCAAUGUAGUGAUCCACCAAACCAUGAGUGAACUCUUCUUGGAUACAUUCAGGGCCCAUGUGGACCUCAACCAACCGUACACACUGCCCAGUGGACAGGAGAUGGAGCCCUGUAUAGGCUGUAUGCAGGUUCCAGCAAACCUCAAGCUGGUCAGACUCUGCCAGGCAGAAGGAGCCCCUAACGUGUCGGAGUGCCAGCAGUGUUUCUGCAGACCCAUGUGGUGUCUGUCCUGUCUGGGUCGAUGGUUUGCCAGCCGCCAAGACCAGCAAAGACCUGAGACCUGGUUGUCCAGCAGAGUCCCCUGUCCCACUUGUAGAGCGACAUUCUGUGUACUGGACAUCUGUGCGGUUCACUGAGAGGACUCGGAUCGAAAGAGAUUUUACCAGCUCAAAAUAAUGUAAUGUGUUAAUGGGCAACAUGAAGCAGCAAACUCCUGACAGAGAAGCAGUGGACAGGGCAAUUGACAUGAAUUAUUAAUAGUUAUCCACUGGCUUUUUCUGUGCAUCUAGUCAGGGUGGAAUUGUGAAACAUUUGUUUUAAACCCUGAAAUGGUGUACAUGCAUGAUCAAUGUGGCAUUUUGAGAAAAAUGCUUGUUUUAGGUUUCUGUCCCAAUCAGAGAGGAGGGGUGACAUCAGUUCCCCUGAUCUCGAUGUGUCAGGAACCCAUCCAGGUGUUUUUAGCUUAGCACAAAGACUAAUGCGCGGAGGAAGUCAAAGGGAAGAAAAAUAAACAAGUGGACUCUA